CGCCACCGCGAUAGGCUGCCGUACUACGCCCUGGUCCGAGCGCUGAGCUGUAGGCUCUCUCUGCCAUAAUACCCUUCCUCGCAUUGCGUGCUGCCCCCCUCCCCUCCUUUCCCCCGCCCUGCCCCCGUGGCCCCGUCUCCCUGCUUGCGACGGUUGGUUUGCUAUAGGAAUGGCCUAUGCACGCAACCCAUACUCCAAGUCCAGAUAUGACCAGGGCAUUGACGCGAAGAUCGUUAUUAUGGGCAACACAGGUGUUGGCAAGACCAGCUUGUUACACCGGUAUACCCAAAACAAAUUCGAUCCUAAGAACACGACCUCUACGACCGGUGCAUUCUUCGUAACGAAGAAGGUCUACGUGGAUGGCAUCAAAGUCCGAUUGCAGUUGUGGGAUACAGCGGGACAGGAGAGGUUCCGAAGUAUGGCACCCAUGUACUACCGGGGUGCUAACGCUGCACUCUUGCUUUAUGAUAUCACCAACGCCUCCAGCUUUGACGAUGUGCGCGGAUGGCUUGAAGAACUGAAGAAGAAUUGCGAUCCCGACUUGAUUAUCUACAUUGUCGGUGCCAAAGCCGACCUUCAACAUAAGCGACAGAUCACUUCAGACCUAGCCCGUCUCUCACUACACACUUGGUUCCCUCCGCCUCGUCCACCCAGUCCUCCCGCUCCACCACCCCCAUCCACCUUCUCGUAUAUCCGCCCGCGCUUCACAUCAUUCCCUAGCAUGCGCCCGGUUCCGCAGGCGAAACCGCCGCUACCACCGCCACCGGAGCUGGACGACACUAAUCCUCGGGCGACUGCUAUGAAACGGUCUCAUACAACUGCGGUGACUCGACCGCGAGCCAAAAGCGGUAGCCUCUUGAGCUUUCCUAGCGCGGACCCUACAGUGGAUAGCGCGAUCCGCGCCCCCACUUCGCGUCUCGAGACGCAAUUCGGCUUCCGGACCGCAGGCUGGAGCCAGGUAGCGGACGGGAGCAGCAAUAGUAUGGACGAGGAAGACGAAGAGACAGACGAGGCUAGUGACCAGGAGUGGGGCCUGAACAAGGGCAUGGAAUUGUUCGAGGUCUCUGCCAAGGAUGACACCGGCAUUCAGCAACUCUUCGACUCCCUGAUAGGUGCUAUCAUUGCACGAAAGGACCGCAUCGAAGAAGAAAACGAAGUCAAGAAGAGAGACAGCGUGUAUCUCACUUGCCCCACGACGCCGAUGUGGGCGGCCCAGGCCGAGGAGGAGGAGGCGCGCGAGAAAGCGCAACAAGCGGCGGGAACUUCGUGGAGUUGCUGCUCGACAUGACACCCUUCGCAUGACUCUGGUCCUGCCCCCGCGUCUCUGGCCUUCCUGACAUCGCUUCCCCCACGCUCGGAGUGCUCUCCUCCCAUCUCCAUCCAUUACGAUCUUUGCCGCCGACUGUGCUCGCCUCCGCUUACGCCCCGCCCAUCCUCUCAUGACCCAUGGAUCUCACAUGCCCUCACGUCUUCCCCAUCACCUCCUGGACGUCCUCUCUACGUCCCCCCACUGGUCAGAUAUCCUCAUGUCGUAUCUUAUGUUAUGGUUUCUUUGAUUUAUCCUCUUCAGAUGCUCGUCAUGUCGUAGCAUACAUCAUACCUUGUCAAUAGUGAUGCCCGCACUCAGAGACGAUAACAGUAGGACUCUCUGUCUCUCUGUUCUCGUGUACGCUCUUGUAUUGUAGUAGUCUCCAGUUACUUUCUGCUGUCCUUUCGCUCUACAUAGCCUAGAUUAUGGGCGUCUAUGCAUGGUUUUCUUAGUGCUCCUGA